CUGAUACAAAACUAGACUUUUUAUGUUUGCACCUCAAAGGCAAUCACAAUAACUUAAAGCAUAUUAUCUCUCCUGAAAUUGUGGUUUUGUUUUAACCAAAUAGGUUUCUAAUUUUUCAAGAUCACUGAGCUCAAUGGAUUAAAAAUAGUCUGCAGUCCUCUGUCUAAUUCUUAUAGUUGAUGUAAAUUUGAAUACUUACAUGGGAAGGGGGUUUCCUCCUCCAUUUCUAGUUCAGAUAACCUAUUACUUUAGAAAACAAUUUUGCCAGCCUCUGAGAGUCCCAGUACAGGAAAGAGCAAAUCCUGUAUAUCUUUAAGUUAGGCCUCUUUUUCUCAGGUCUCUACUCCACUGGCUGCUGACCUUCUGCUAGACCUCUCCUAUUCCUUUUAUCAUUGAUCGUCUUUGACCCCUGCUGCUGUGUGGCCUAGUUUUCCUUUUUACCUGACAUGAAACAGCAUUUAUCAACAUUAUUCUAUAUCUCUUCCAGAGGAAUAACAAAAAGUGGCUUUACUUCUUACUUUCAAAACAGCUUGAUGGGUUUCUCAGCUGGCUAACCUCGGGCUUUUCAGUUUAUUCCUUUUUAUUUUCGUUUUCACCAACGUGAGAAUCCCCUCCAGUCUCACAUUCUGGCGGGCUUGUGGAUGCCUUAAUUUACAGUCAGAUUUGUUUUUUUCUAUCUAUAGCUAGUUUACAAAUUCCAUCUUUGCAAAGCUUCUGUGUCAGAUAUGAGUCUGGGCUCCCAAGAACUACUGUUUUGGCCUACUCUUUUACAUCAUCACUGCUAAACAGAUUUUUUUUUUUCCUCCAAUAUAUGUAUUUCAACGUUCUCUUCAGCCAUAUUGGGUGGAAAGCGGGGUGGAAGCUAUUUCUAGCAACAGCUCUCAAUUAGUAAUUAUCGGUUUCUGAAAGCUGCAGAGGCGGACAGGGGUCUCCGUUACAAUUUCGGGCGUUGGCGUUGAGCAAACCUUGCCCCAAUGCGACUUUGGUAGUAAUUUAUUCUCCUCAGUCUCUUCAAGUCUAUACGAGGACAAAACACCUACCUUUCUGGAAGGGGCAGUAUGAAGACUAAACAAGCCAACAGAUAUUAAGUAGUCAAGAAAAAGUAGCCCAUUAUAAUUAGUUACUACGACUUUUAUGAUUAUGCCCAGGCCUAACGCCAGGUUUGCCCUAAAAAUCGACAACAGACAGGAGACAAACGCCGCCAUGCGUAGGCCGGCAUCAUACCUCACGCCAAGCCCUUCCACGCAGCCCUCAGUGCGCACGCGCAUUCGCAUCUUCAAGCCCCGCAUGCGUGCGUUGUCAGAGGACUCUCAGGCACACAAGCUAAGGGCGCACGUGCACAAGAGUAUCGCGCAGGCUCUGAAGGCCUAGGAAGGCGAAACGGGCGUCGUGGUCCAAGUCGGCAAUGGCUGAGGCUUCCCGGUGGCAUCUGGGCGGAACUCCGAAACAUAAACUGCGUUACAGAGAGGAUGUAGAAAUUAGAACCACACUUCAGGAAUUGUUACUGUACUCUAUUUUUUUAAUAAACUUAUGUAUAUUGACUUUUGGGAUGGUAAACCCACAUAUGUAUUACUUAAACAAAGUUAUGUCAUCUCUAUUUUUGGACACAUCUGUGGCUGGUGAAGAAAGAACCAACUUUAAGUCUAUUCGCAGCAUAACUGACUUUUGGAAGUUUAUGGAAGGACCCCUUUUGGAUGGUCUGUACUGGGACUCAUGGUACAAUAAUGAGAAUCUGUAUGAUUUAAAGAACAGCAGUCGCAUCUACUAUGAGAACAUACUUUUAGGACUCCCCAGAGUCCGUCAACUAAAAGUCCGCAAUGGCACAUGCAAGGUCCAUUCAUUCUUUCGGUCUUUGAUGGAUGAAUGUUAUGACAAAUACACUUCUAAAAAUGAAGAUAUGGCUGAUUUUGGCCUUAAACAGCAUACUGAAUGGAAGUACUCUUCUCCUCGUACGAACUCCCCUUGGCACUGGGGUUUUGUUGGUGUUUACCAAAAUGGGGGGUAUAUUUUCACUUUAUCAAAAUCAAAAUCUGAAACCCUAAACAAGUUCAUUAACCUCCGAAUGAACAGCUGGAUCACAAGAGGGACUAGAGUUAUUUUUAUUGAUUUUUCAGUAUACAAUGCUAAUGUAAAUCUAUUCUGCAUUAUCAGAUUGGUGGCAGAAUUCCCUGCAACUGGAGGAAUACUUACUUCAUGGCAGUUUUACUCUGUGAAGCUCCUCAGAUACGUUAGCUUCUAUGAUUAUUUUAUUGCUUCCUGUGAAAUCAUAUUUUGUAUUUUUAUUAUUGUCUUCACAAUACAAGAAAUCAAAAAACUGAAAGAAUUUAAAUUUGCCUAUUUCAAAAGUAUUUGGAACUGGCUAGAAUUAUUACUUUUGGUGUUAUGUUUUUCGACUGUUUUCUUCAGCUUAUACUCUAAUAUGCAAAUUUAUCGCAUGAUUGGACGACUGUUAAGAAAUACUGAAAAAUAUUCAGACUUCUAUUUUCUUGCAUACUGGCACAUUUAUUACAACAACAUAAUUGCCAUAACCAUCUUCUUUGCAUGGAUAAAGAUAUUCAAAUUCAUAAGCUUUAAUAAGACAAUGUCUCAGCUGUCAUCAACCUUGUCACGAUGUAUCAAAGACAUAAUAGGAUUUGCUAUCAUGUUUUUUAUAAUAUUCUUUGCUUACGCUCAGUUAGGAUUUCUUGUUUUUGGAUCACAGGUUGACGACUUUUCCACUUUUCAAAAUGCCAUAUUCACGCAAUUUCGUAUCGUUCUUGGAGAUUUUAAUUUUGCUGGCAUUCAGCAAGCCAAUCGUAUCUUGGGACCCAUUUACUUCAUCACUUUCAUCUUUUUCGUGUUCUUUGUCCUGCUGAACAUGUUCUUGGCAAUAAUUAAUGAUACCUAUUCUGAAGUGAAAGCUGACUAUUCAAUAGGCAGAAGGCCAGAUUUUCAACUUGGUAAAAUGAUUAAAAAGAGUUACAACAACGCUCUCGAAAAACUCAAACUAAAAAAACCUGAAACAGAUGAAGACAAGAAACGUAUGGAAAACAAAGAUUUGGCCGAAAAAGCCAGAAGAGAAGGUUUUGAUGAAAAAGAGAUUCAAAGUGCAGAGCAGAUGAAAAAAUGGAAAGAGAGGCUUGAGAAAAAAUAUUAUUCUACAGAAAUUCAAGAUGACUACCAGACUGUCACUCAACAAGAAUUCCGAGACCUCUUUUUAUAUGCUGUGGAGCUGGAGAAAGAAUUACACUAUGUCAGUUUAAAACUAAACCGAGUGAUGAGGAAGGUUUCAGCUCUACAAUACUGAAAAAAAGUGGAGGUGAGAAUCUGUGAUACAAUCAUGGCGCAUUUCUAACAAUUUAUUUCUGAACUGAGUUAGUUCCUAAAUUUGUCCCCAUUUCGGGUACAUUUUAAAAGCACAAAACCAGCCACCAUCAAACUAUCA